CUAUACAUGAGUCAAUACACACCAUCACAUUGACAGUUCUCCUAAAGUAGAGGUGGACGUACGACGACAAGGACGAGAACGCGAAAGAGAGACAUGGGGAGAACUCCCUGUUGCGAAAAAAUCGGGUUGAAUAGAGGGAAAUGGAGUGCUGAAGAAGAUGACAAAUUGGUUAAGUACAUCAAGGCCAAUGGAGAAGGCUCUUGGAGAUCACUACCCAAGAAUGCAGGUUUGUUGAGAUGUGGGAAGAGUUGCAGACUUAGGUGGAUUAACUACUUGAGGGCAGAUGUGAAGAGAGGGAAAUUCACUCAACAAGAAGAGGAGACCAUUGUCAUGCUGCACAAGUCUUUGGGGAAUAGGUGGUCAGUGAUUGCAAGCUAUCUACCUGGACGAACAGACAACGAGAUAAAGAACUACUGGAAUUCUCAUUUGAGCAGGACAAUAUACAGAUAUAGGUUCAUUAGUGAAGCCAGCCUGUCUCCGGAAGACAUGAUCAAGAUAGCCAAGAAGAGCAAAGGUCGCAACAAGAAUGCAGCCGAGCAGGCCCCGAGCUCGAAUGCCACUGAAGUGUCAAGCAGUGGUGCAAAUGCAUUAAUAAACGAUGCAACACAAGGGAUGGAGUUGUUGAAGCCAUUCACUGAAAAAGAUGAUGACAUAUUAAUGCAGCUCAACCACUUCUUACAAGAGGAUGAUGACGAGGCGGCCCCAUGUCAGAAUAGAUUGACGAACAUGGGCAAUAGGACUACGAGUGAGGAGAGGGAUGGUGGCUGGGGCUCGGAUACAGACAUGUAUGGUUGUUUGUCACCUAUCGUUCCGUUUUUCGGUGACGACGAUGUGAUGCAGUUGGAUCACAGCGGUGCUGGAGGCGACAUCAAUCCGCGGGACUCAUCUGAUUUGAGAGCAUAGAAGCUGAAAUUAGAAAUGUGUGGCAAUGACAAUGAUCUAAUCUAAGUGUGUAUAUUGGACUCGUGGUCUUUUCAUUCAAUCAUAUUAAUAAAGAUGA